AUGUCGACUGGUUCCGCCGCUUCGCCUGCCGCCGCUGCCGCCCGGGCGGCCAAUGCGGCAGCCGAGGCUGAGGUGCUCGACUGGGCGCCGCCUGUGUCCGCGGACGUCCAGUCGGGCGACGAGGAGGAGGAGAUCAUCACCGGCUUCAUCUCGCCCGCGCCAGGCGUUCAUUCCGCCGUUGGCGGCACACAUGCUGCCACGCAAACUGAGGCGCAUGUCUUCAUUUCGAACUUUGCGGCAGGGGCGUCGGACGGCGAGCUCGCCGCUGCAGUGGGCGCCUUCCCACGGCUGGGCCAUCGACUCCGGCUAUUUCGUCGCCUUCGUCGACAUCCGCGACUACCCCUCACUACGCCAACGCCCGGUCCGGCCCCUUCGGCAUCUACGGCAGCCCCUGGGGGCGGCAUACCGGCUGAGGCCUGGCUCGCCUCGCCUGGGACUUCGUCUUCUGUGGUGCCAGGGCCAUCGGUCCCGGAAGCCCGCCAGUUUUGGUCCGACCAGGAGGCGGCUGCUCACCACGUCGACCCCCCGCCGGGCAUUGCUCCCAUUGACGCCGUCGCCUUGCCCGUCCCGGAGGAUGGCGACGACGACCUGGAGGACGGCACGGGGCUUGACGACUACCUCGCCAGCUUCCCGGGCGCCUUGCCCAAGGCCCCGCCCGACACGACGCUUCCGAUGCCCGGCGGGCGCCACGAUUCGGUGGCCUACCGCCAAGGGGCAGAUGCCGCCGCCGCCCCCCCCUCCUACUUCGCCGCCUACCACUUCGGCAUCUUCUGGGGGCGCGCAGCCAGUGGUCGCCAAGCCGAUGAAGAAGCCGCCGCCUCCCGAGCUGGUCGGGCAAGGGGCGACCACCAAGGCCAAGCCCUUCGCCAACCAAGGCGCCUCCCCCUCCGCUUGUGGUUGAGCCUGCCACGGGGGUGGUCGACCAGGAGGUCCCCCAACGCCAGCCGUCCGGGCUGUUUGGAUCAGCUCCGCCUUCCUCGGGGCGCCCGUACCGCCACCGGUGGCCACACCAGCCGAGGAGGAGCCGACGCCCUACGAGCGGCAGCGUCGGGCAAUCAGUCAGGAGAACGCCCUUCGGGCGUUGGCCGGGGCCCCAUGGGCUUCGACGUCUCCUACGACGAGAUGCUGCAGCUCCGCAUCCAGCGCGAGCUGCGGGAGAUGUCCAUGCAGCCGCGCCCGGCCAAACCGGCAGGGCAACAGCCGUUGGAGGUGGUCGUCCCGCAACGAGGGGCGGACCCGGAGCGAGACCACCCGCCAAGCGCCUCCGCGGGCAUCCCGCCACCACCCCGGCUUCCUCGUCCACACCGUCGAAGGCCUCUUCGUCCUUUCCGCCUACGGCAGCGGCCUCGUCGGGGGCGUCUUCGGCCUGCGCGGACGUUCCGCCCAGUGAGGGUCCCCGGCCGAGGCGGGUAUGGGACCAAGAACCGGGCGCUCCAUCCCCAGGACGGCACGCCCCUCUCGGCCAAGGAGAGAGCCGAAGAACCCUGGCCUCGACGGGGCGGCCGCCAACACCUCGACCGUUCGGUGGAGGAGCUCCGCGACGGCUAUCUCGGGCUGGAGGUCCCUCCGGUCCUGCGCCGUCUUGCUAACAGGGCGGUAAAGUCCAUCAUUCGUGGCCUGGGCGUCCUCGUGUCCUACCGGUGCGACCUCGCCUUCGACCCGACCGUCGUCCCGCACGCCACCGACGUCCUGGUCCUGGCUACCUGGUUUAUGCUCCGGGAGAUCGAAAUCGCCGGAGCGUUCGGAGACGUGGUGCUCAACAAGCACCUGACCGCCCAAGCGGGCGAGCGGGUGCUCACCCGUCGCUCGUUGCGCUGCGCCUGUGGAGUGGCCACGCACCCCUUGUGCCCGGUCCACGCCAUGUUCCGCCAUUUCGCCCGCCUCCAGGAGGUGGGGCGCUUGAAGUCUUCAGCGCCCUUAUUCCCUGGGAGCUCUGGCGACACCAGGUCCAAGGCCGAGUCGCUCUCGUUCCUCGCCCUGGUGCUAGGGGUCGAACGGCCCGUCUUUGGCGGCCACGCCUGCCGCGUCGCGGGGGCGACCUUCCUGGCCGCACGCGGCGUGCCACUGGCAGUGAUUCAGCUGCUGGGGCGCUGGUCCUCCCGCGCCAUUGAGAGGUACACGCAGGCCCUGGGGCAGGUGGUAGCGGCAGCCCAGCCGGGGCAGCAGGACCCCGGCCCGGCUGGCCCACCCGCAAUAGCCGACGCCCAGGAGGACCCGUGGGAGCCCGCAGCGAGGGAACCGGCCCAGCAGGCGGCCUUGCCCGCCGUUCAGUUCGUCCCGGCCCUGCCCCCGCGGGCAGCGGUUCCGGAGGCUGACCAUGAGGACGCCCUCGGCGGGCGGCUCGACGUCCGAGUCCGAUUGAAAAAGGAAGGGGGACAGGGCUCGGAGGGCGCUUCCGCCGCUGGUCUUGGCCCAGCCCGCCCAGGUGCCCGCGUUCUUUGUGGACGCCACCGCCUUUGCGGGCGACGGCGACAUCUCCAACGCCGAUUGGGGACAUGGGCGGUCGGCGUGGACCUGCGGGCCCGCCGGAUCACGGGCGUGCCUGAGCUUGGUUUUUCCGCCCCGACAUUGGGCGUUUGGCGGCACGAGUUCGCCGACCCCUACCUGGAAGGGUGGCGACGUCCACACUCCGCCGAGCUCAUCCGCUGCACGCCGGCCGACGCGGCGGGCGACAGCCAGGCGAUGCAUUUGAUGUUCCGCCUGGCUCGCCGCCACGCGGACUGGCUUCAAGAAGACACCGCGGUGCGGCCCUGGACCUUGGCUCCGCGGAGGCCCCUCGUCCCGUCUGGGCGGUCCGCCCCCGGCACGUGGGCGCGGCAGCCGUGGUAUUUGGUCCACCGCCUCGACACUCCCGGCUGUCGUCCCAGGGCGGUGUGCGGCCGCACGGUCGAGCCUGAGCGGGCGGCUUUGUUGAUUUGGGCGCCUCCCCGGGCGGAGCCCGGAGGGAACCGGUACCUUUGGUGCCGCCUCUGCUGGGGCGAUGGCGUCCCGCUCUCGAGGAGCGACUGUGAGCAGCAUCCGGACGAAGAGUCCGAGCUCGAGUGA